AUGAUUAAGCAUCUAGUAUCUCAAGGCUUUUCACUUUCAGACUUAGACAAAGAAAAUCAAAAUUGUAUACUUCUAGCUGUUUCUUCUGGUAAUUGGGAAAUAAUCCAUUAUUUAAUUCAAAAUGAUGCAGACCCAUCUCUACAUUCAUCAAAUAAUGACCUUCCUAUUUUUAGAUCCGUAAGGCUUGGACAUCUUGAGAUUUUCCAGAAUUUACUUAUAUAUUGUCACAAUUUUGAUCCAAAUGCUGAAGAUGAUUUUCUUACAAUUGCAAUUUCUCAUCAAAGAUACAAAAUAAUAAAAUACAUUAUCGACAAAAAAUUAGUUAGAAUUAAAGAAAAACAUAAAAAUUUAGUUAAAUCGUAUCUUUCGAAUUGCGAUUCUCUUGAAGAAAUAGAAACCAUAAAGAAGAUUGACCCAAUUUUUUCAAGCAAUUAUAAAGCACAGGAAUCUACUAAAUCUGACGCUAAUCAAAACGAAUCAGCAUAUGUUGAUAUAAAUCAAAAUGAAUCAACAUCUGUUGAUAUAAAUCAAAAUGAAUCAACACCUGUUGAUAUAAAUCAAAAUGAAUCAAUACCUGCUGAAACAAUUCAAAAUGAAUCAACAUCUGUUGAUAUAAAUCAAAAUGAAUCAAUACCUGCUGAAACAAUUCAAAAUGAAUCAACAUCUGUUGAUAUAAAUCAAAAUGAAUCAACACCUGCUGAUAUAAAUCAAAAUGAAUCAACAUCUGUUGAUAUAAAUCAAAAUGAAUCAACACCUGCUGAAACAAUUCAAAAUGAAUCAACAUCUGUUGAUAUAAAUCAAAAUGAAUCAACAUCUGUUGAUAUAAAUCAAAAUGAAUCAACAUCUGUUGAAACAAUUCAAAAUGAAUCAACAUCUGUUGAUAUAAAUCAAAAUGAAUCAACAUCUGUUGAUAUAAAUCAAAAUGAAUCAAUACCUGCUGAAACAAUUCAAAAUGAAUCAACAUCUGUUGAUAUAAAUCAAAAUGAAUCAACACCUGCUGAUAUAAAUCAAAAUGAAUCAACAUCUGUUGAUAUAAAUCAAAAUGAAUCAACACCUGCUGAUAUAAAUCAAAAUGAAUCAACACCUGCUGAUAUAAAUCAAAAUGAAUCAACAUCUGUUGAUAUAAAUCAAAAUGAAUCAACAUCUGCUGAUAUAAAUCAAAAUGAAUCAACAUCUGUUGAAACAAUUCAAAAUGAAUCAACAUCUGUUGAUAUAAAUCAAAAUGAAUCAACAUCUGUUGAUAUAAAUCAAAAUGAAUCAACACCUGUUGAUAUAAAUCAAAAUGAAUCAAUACCUGCUGAAACAAUUCAAAAUGAAUCAACAUCUGUUGAUAUAAAUCAAAAUGAAUCAACAUCUGUUGAUAUAAAUCAAAAUGAAUCAACAUCUGUUGAAACAAUUCAAAAUGAAUCAACACCUGCUGAUAUAAAUCAAAAUGAAUCAACAUCUGUUGAUAUAAAUCAAAAUGAAUCAACAUCUGUUGAUAUAAAUCAAAAUGAAUCAACAUCUGUUGAAACAAUUCAAAAUGAAUCAACAUCUGUUGAUAUAAAUCAAAAUGAAUCAACACCUGCUGAUAUAAAUCAAAAUGAAUCAACAUCUGUUGAUAUAAAUCAAAAUGAAUCAACACCUGUUGAUAUAAAUCAAAAUGAAUCAAUACCUGCUGAAACAAUUCAAAAUGAAUCAACAUCUGUUGAUAUAAAUCAAAAUGAAUCAAUACCUGCUGAAACAAUUCAAAAUGAAUCAACAUCUGUUGAUAUAAAUCAAAAUGAAUCAACACCUGCUGAUAUAAAUCAAAAUGAAUCAACAUCUGUUGAUAUAAAUCAAAAUGAAUCAACAUCUGUUGAUAUAAAUCAAAAUGAAUCAAUACCU